AUGGAGGAACGACGCUCCGACCGACAAAGGAGCUGCAAGAACAAAUCAAAGUCUAACGGUAACGACAAAAAGCCACCACAAGAAACACAGCCAGUUGUAGUCGAAGAGGACAAUGCAAAUUCUAACGAUGGGACCGGUAGUGACGAUGGAAAUACUGUGACAAAGCAGCUCCGUAUGCUGACAUUUGCUAAUCCAGGGAAGUUUAUGGAUAACUUUGAUCCUGAGAGAAGUGCCAGAGAAAUGAGAAAAAUGAACAGAAGGAUAUACAGAGAGAAUAUCCGUAAGAACCAGCUGUAUGAUGAGACAGGAGUCCUGUUGGACAACAGUCUGGAUCUCUGUGACUGUUUAGAUAUGGAAUGUGAAGGUUGUCACUUUCCUUGUCCCAAGUGUGGCUCCGAGAAAUGUGGUACAGAAUGUCGUUGCUGUCGCAAAUGGUUCUACGAACAUGUGGAGGUGGAAGGCACUAAUCUGACACUAAAGUGGCCUAUACAAACACAGACUUCUACGUCAACAAGCUAGCUGUUGUGUGUUUACUUAUCAAAAUAUGUCUACUGGUUGUCUGUUUACAUAUAAAGUAUUACUUGACCAAAUGCAAAAUCGUAUUUGGUCAAAUAACUUCUACAAAUUAACAAAUUAGCUCUCUGGGCUGCUGAGGUGAAUCAGAAUGAUUGCUAAAUCUUUCAAAAUUCUAAAAGUGUUGAUCAACAAGUCUGUUAACUGGUGCACUAGGAGAAGAAAUGUGAUCGGGAAGCCUAUUGGCCAAUAUUGGAUCUUAAAAUCUUUUCCCAUCAUUUCUCUGUACUGAUGCCAAGUCUUGGACGUGUUGAAUAUUUAUGCAGUUACUUUUCCUCUUUCAUCAUAUUCAAAAUAUUAAUUUUUUCAGGUUUAUUAGAAUGUUUUCAAAUGUUUGGGACCAAAAACUUAAGUGAUGACUUACCAGUGUUUCUAACAUCACGCCUUGUUAAUUGUGAUCUUGCACAUACAUAAUGUGUUAAUUGUUAUGUGUAAUUUGAUAUUCAUACUGAAUUAUUGCAUUUCUCAGUAAACUAUUUUCAAGUAUGAAUUAUCGAGUACAUGUCUGGAUUAUGUAAAAUUGUUCAGAUAUUCUGAAUGUAUUUAAUGUAAUAUUUAAGGUAAGUUAUUAAAUUGGUGACAAUCUGAAUUAUUCUCACUUUCUACAAAGGACCGAAUCUAACUUCAGAUUGCUGUAACACCUUUAUAAAUCUUGCGUAAUACAGUAUAGGUGAGACAAUUCUGAAUAACAAUUAGAUCUAAAGACAUGCUGCUUUUAGAACUACAGAAUUAGUGUCUAGUCUAAUAUGUUGAUGAAUGCUCCACACGAUAUAUAUGAUCCAAUACAAAAGCUGUUUCGAAA